AUGGCGGCGUCCGAGACGGCUCGUCCUAUACCCCAAUCCGAUACCCGCACGCCGUCUGCGCGUGGACGUGGACGGCGGCGCGGACGGGGCCGCGGACGUGGCGGCAACGCGAAUGCCGCGCCGCGCCCUGAGCCAACCGAAAAUGCGCCCAGCGAAAGUGUCGCACGACGCCCGCCACGCCGUGGGCGUGGCGGCCACAGCGGCCGUGGCGCGCCGCACGCGCGGCACAACUUCGGCGCAAAGCUCACGACCGAGGCCGCGCCGGAUGCGGCGCCGGCGGGCCCGCGCGUUGUCGCCGAGCACGCCGAUCUGCGCACGCGCCUCGUCGCGGAGCUGUCCAACAAUGACUACGACUGUAUUAUCUGCUACAAUACCGUCGCCAAAAAGCAGGCGGUAUGGUCAUGCUCGCGCUGCCAUGCCGUGCUGCACCUCGCUUGCAUCCGCAAGUGGGCGGAACGCAGUGUCCAGCAGAUGGAAGAACGCAAUGCAAUGCACGAAGACCCCGAGGUCCGCGACGCAAAAGGAUCCUGGCGCUGCCCGGGGUGCCAGCACACACGCACGACCAUUCCCAAGACGUACUCGUGCUGGUGCGGGCGCGUAAACAAUCCCCGCCCGAACGCCAUGCCCCACUCGUGUGGCGGACCAUGCACGCGCGCCUGUGCGUGGCACGGCUGCGCGGCCGGCGUGUGCCAUCCCGGCCCGUGUCCGGGGUGCAUCGCGACGGUGAAUGUGCCGUGCUUUUGCGGAAAGCAAAAAGAGGUGGCGGUGCGCUGCUCGCAGCUGCAGUCGCACCUCCCCGAGGCGCUUGCGUCGCUCUCGCUGAACGAGCUGCAUGCCGCAGCGGUCGGCGCAGCGUCGUGCGGCGCCGUGUGCGGCAAAGCACUCGCGUGUGGGCACCACACAUGUGCGAAGCCGUGCCAUGCCGGGCCGUGUGCGCCGUGUGCCGAGCAGCUGGACGCAGCGUGCCACUGCGGCCGCCACACUCAGAUGAUGGCGUGUGGCGACCGCGACGAGGCGUCGCGUGUGCCGGACGUCGCAUCUGCAUGGAGUUGUGGUGAGGUGUGCGACGAGCCAUAUGCGUGUGGCGUGCACCACUGUACGGAGCCGUGCCACGUACGCACUGGCACGCAAGCGUGCCCGUACGACCCUGCGCGUGUGCAGACGUGCUACUGCGGCCGCCUUCCUGCCAAGGACCGCACGUCGUGUAGCGACCCGAUCCCCGCGUGUGGCGCGCCGUGUGGGCGCGUGCUGCCGUGCGGCCACGCGUGCACGACGCCGUGCCACGACGGCGCGUGCCCCCCGUGCACCGAGCGCAUCUCGCAAGUGUGCCGCUGCGGCGCGGAGAAGCGCGCGGUGCCGUGCUCGUCCGCCGACGGCGAGUUCCUGUGCCAGGCGCCGUGCAAGGCGCAGCGCCACUGCGGCAAGCACCAGUGCGGGCGCAAGUGCUGUCCUCUGUCGUACCAGGCGACGCUCUCCAAGAAGCAGGCCGGCAUACCCCCCCACGGCGACCUCGGCGCUUACCUGCGCCAGCUCGACCCGAUCGGCAUGCACGCCUGCGACGUGCCGUGCGGCCGCCCCCUCUCCUGCGGCUCGCACACGUGUGAGUCGUCGUGCCACCGCGGCGCGUGUGCGCCGUGCCUGCGCUCGUCCUUUACCGAGGUCGCCUGUGCGUGCGGCCGCACGGUGCUCGAGCCCCCUGUGCCGUGCGGGACGCAGGUGCACUGCUCCUAUCCGUGCACCCGCCCCGGCCCGCCAUGCGGGCAUCCCAAGGUGCCGCAUACGUGCCACGGCGACGACACGCCGUGCCCGCCGUGCGUGCACUUGACGACGCGGCGCCGCGAAAAAGUGCGGUGCGGCAAGCUGUGCCGCGCGGUGCUCAACUGCGGCUUCCACACCUGUCCCGGCGCGUGCCAUGCGGUGCCGGACGAGUGCCCGCCAUGCACGCAGACGUGCAAGAAGCCACGCAGUCUCUGUGGCCACCCCUGCCCACUGCCGUGUCAUGCACCGUCCAAGUGCCCGGAAGACAAACCGUGCGAGGCGGUGAUUGUGCGCCGGUGCCAGUGCGGGCACCAGGAAAAGAUGGACGUGUGUGGAAUGUCGACCGUGUCGCCGCGCCGCGAUGCGCUUCCCACGCUCGAGUGCACGCCGCAGUGCAAGGUGGCGCAGCGCAACGCGCGCUUCGCCUCGGCCCUCGGCCUCGCAUCGGGUCCGAGUGCGGGCGAGGCGCUGUACGACGCGCCGCUUUUGCGGUACGCCACGGCCGAGCGGCGCUCGGCGCUGGCGGUGCAAGAGGCGCUCGCCGACUUUAUCCAGUCGCCGCGCGCAGCGGUGCUGCUGCGCCCCCAGCUGCAGCAGCUCGCGAUCCGCAACGGGAUGGAGCCGGCGCGUGUGACGACCGCGCUUCUCGACUUUACCAUUGCCCUCGCCAAGGUGUAUGGCGUCGAGGUCGAGGCGUGCAACGAGCAAGGCGUGCUGCGUAUCGGCACGCCGACGACGGCGCGCGGCACGGACCUGCGUUUGAAGCGCGCGCGCGGCUCGCGCGUCCCGUCGCCGCUCCUGUCCGAGUACAUCGCCGCGAAUCCGGAGCGGGUGAAGCGGACGAUGGCCGCGGCGCCGGCGCCGGUCGUGCGCACGACGACCUCGGCGCAGAUGCGGUUCAAUGCGGUGGCACUCUCGCAUGUGCCCGCGCACCUUGCCGAGGACCCUGCGUCGCUGGCGCCGAUGCUGCAUGGUGCGUCGCUGGGCGGGCGCCGCCGCUGGCGUGUGGACCGCUCAGCACAGGGCGGCCUCGUUCUGUGCGACGUCCAGCUGGAGCCGCUGAGUGCCGCAGCCGUGGCGAGUGCGAGCGGCGCGCAGGGGCCGUAUGCGAGCCUUUCUGCGCCCGAGCGGCGCCUGGGCCGCCUUGCGGACGACGUGAAUGCGGCGCUGCGUGCGACGGCGCCCGGCACACCGAUCCUUGCGGAGCUUGCGGCGUACCAUACGAGCGAGCACCGCGUCGAGCGUAUGUAUAGCACGGGCUCGUGGCGUUCGUAG